GAGAGAGAGAGAGAGAGAGAGAGAGAGAGGGAGGGUUAACAGUGGCUUCAUGGAGCAUGUCACAGCACCAGAGUUUUCCAUGUCUUCUUGUCCAAGAUGCCCUUUAGGAUUUUAAUAAGAUGCGUGUGUGUUUCCGGAUCAUCAGUUUUUUCCUCGCCGUCAUCUUGCACAGCCCGCCGCUGCGCGCUCAGGAUCCCUCCUGCUGCCAACAUGCUGCCGAGGUCCCACGUUGCAAAGAAGCUUGUGACCAGCUCGCCACUAUAAAGAGUGAGUCUCGUCUUAAGCAUCUGCUCCAGAGGUUACCCAGUUACUGUCCGGAGCUGAUGAAUGAACUGUGGACGUGCAUCAACUCUUCACUCCCAGGGGUGUCCAGGAAGUCGGAGGGCUGGGUGGGUCUGGGCUGCUGCGAGCUCUCCAUCUCCCCGGAGUGCCGUGGGGAGUGCAGACAGGCGUCGUCGAAAAAUGACAUAACGAAAGUAUGCAAAAAAGUCACAGAGAACUCCCUCUACAGCUGCAUCACCAAAAAUGAAAUGGGCUCCACCUGCUGCAGCUAUGCAGGGCGCCACACCACCUGCAGGGAGUACUGCCAGGCCAUCUUCAGGACCGACUCCACCCCCACGGGGUCCCAGAUCAGCGCCGUCAGGGAGUACUGCCACAGCCACAGCGCCCAGCUGCUCAGCUGCGUCACCAACUUCACCCAGUCGUACCCCAUCCGCAGCCCCAUCGACAGUCUGUACUGCUGCGACCGGGCCGAGGCCACGCACUGCCAGGUGGCGUGCCGCCGCAUCCUCCGCACCAUGAGCACCGAGCACGACAUCAUGGAGGGCCUGAUCAGCGAGUGCCACUCGCAGCCCCUCCCUCAGGAUCCCAUGUGGCAGUGCUUCCUGGGAAGCGCCCACCCUCCGUCCCCGCCCGAAGAGGAGACCCCCCACCCGGCCAAGAUGGACUGCGCCAAGCUGCACUGCUGCGCCAAGGCCAACACCUCCCUGUGCAGGGACAUCUGCCAGAAGAUCAGCACCAACUGGGGCAGCCAGACGUGGCAGGACUUUGACCAGCUGUGUGAGUACAACCCCGUGGAGACGGAGCUCAUCAACUGCCUGGCCGACGUCCGGGAGCCCUGCCAGCUGGGCUGCAAGGACCUCACCUACUGCACCAACUUCAACAACAGGCCGACAGAGCUGUUCCGCAGCUGCAACGUCCAGUCGGACCAGGGAGCCAUGAGCGACAUGAAGCUGUGGUCCAACGGGACCAUCAAGAUGCCGGUCAUGAACAUCCCGGUGCUGGACAUCAGGAAGUGUCUGCCGGACAUGUGGAAGGCCGUGGCCUGCUCCCUGCAGAUCAAGCCCUGCCACAGCAAGUCCAGAGGGAGCGUCAUAUGCAAGUCGGACUGCUUGGACAUCCUGACGCAGUGCGGGGACAGGAAGCGCUUCCACGAAGGACAGACUCCAGAGAGGAUCUGUGAGCUGCUGUCUCCCAUUGACGACCCUGAACGCUGCAUCCCCCUCCACAAGUACCUCACCCCCAGUCCCCUAAGCCAAAGCAUCGUGGACGAGGUCAUCCAUCCCUGCAACCCCAACCCCUGCCCCAGCAACCACUUGUGCCAGGUCAACAGGAGGGGCUGCCUGGACCAACUCCACUGCCAGCCGUUCCUCUGCGUGCCGGGCUGCAAGCUGGGCGAGGCCUCUGAGUUCCUGGUGCAGCAGGACGCUCGCAUCGAGGUGCCGACCCGGACCGGACUGACGGGAUGCCACGAGGUGUGCAGCUGUGGUCCCAGCGGCCGCCUGGAGAACUGUGCAGAGAUGCCCUGCGUGGACACGGACGAGCCCUGCAUCUUGGGCGGGGAGAGAAAGAGCCACGGGACGUCCUUCAAGAUGGACUGCCACACCUGCUCCUGCUUUGCUGGGGACAUCAUCUGCUCCACCCGCAAAUGUCUGUACUUGGACGGCUCGGAGGAGGAGCGCCGCCGCUUCACCGGCCUCCCCUGUAACUGUCCGGACCGCUUCGUCCCGGUGUGCGCCUCUAACGGACGGACGUACCCCAGCGCCUGUGUGGCCCGCUGCAUGGGCUUCACGGACCACCAGUUCGUCUAUGGCCUGUGUCGCCUCGGUAACCCCUGCGCCGCCAACCCCUGCCAGAGGAACCAGAGGUGCAUCCCAAAGUACGGCGUGUGCCUGAGCGACUCGUCGGACUGCCUGCAGUACGAGUGCGCCGGGCGCCCGGCGGCCUGCGACAGGGGCCGCGUGGAGCCGGCCUGUGACACGGACGGCCUGGUCCACGCCAGCCGCUGCCAGCUGCUGCAGGCCGGCAAAACGCUGGCCUACAUGGGUCCCUGCCAGGAGGCGUGCCGGAAGCCUCGCCAGGUCUGUGGCCACAACGGGGAGACCUACAGCACCGCGUGCGACGCCUUCGCCGACCGCGUGGCCCUGGACUACGAGGGCCCCUGUCACGCCGUGGGGGCCGUGUCGGACGCGGCCCCUUACUCGGCGUGCAGCGGGAUUCCCUGCCCCCCCCUGUCCGCACCGGGCUGCCAGCCCGUCACCCCGCCCGGGGCCUGCUGUCCGAUAUGUGCCAGCAUGCUGCAGAUUCUGUGGAACAAAGACCAGAUGAACACUUUCUCUAAGCUGAACAAGAACCAGCCGGUGACGGUCCACGACGUCCUGCAGAUCCUGCGUCUGCACGUGUCGGUGCCGCAGUGCGACGUCUUCGGCUACCUGAGCAUCGACCACCAGCUGGUGGUCCUCAUCGCUCCAGUGGAGCAGCAGCCGACCCCCCUGCAGAUCGAGGCCUGCAGCAAGGAGGCCGAGAAGAUCGACGCCCUGAUCAACUACGCCAGCCCCACGCUGGUGUCCCACGUCCCCCUCUCCGCCUUCCUGGCGUCCGAGAUCCAGACCUCCUACGUCCUCUCCUCCGGGGGCGCCCCGCCCUCCCCCCUGCACCCGGGCCCGUGCCUCCUCCUGGCGUCGCUCGUCAUCGCCGCAGCGCCUGUCCUCCGCCAGGUUUAACCCGGCUCCUCGUGAGUGUUCCAAAGUGCACCUCCUGCCCUCCCCUCCCCUCCCCUCCCUCCUCCACCCCCGAGGGCGUUCGGGUGGCCCCGGACCCGGAAGGAGCGCCCGCGUCAAUCAUUCCUGAUGACUCAGCUGCGUGUCAAGCAAUCAAGGCCGUCGGAAAAGCUAUUAUGGUGGAAAGCUUUGUAUGAACAGUAUUAUUCAGUGGGUAGAGUUCCUCACUGGGUUUCCCCUCCAGUGAAGUGUGUGGCUGUGUUGUGUGUGCGUGUGCGUGUGUGUGUGUGUGUGUGUGUGUGUGUGUGUGUGUGUGUGUGUGUGUGUGUGUGUGUGUGUGUGUGUGUGUGUGUGUGUGUGUGUGUGUGUGUGACCUUAAAAAGCUUUUGACUUAAUACCAGCAGUGUUUAAUCGUCAGACUUAGCAGCAGGCUCUCCCCUCUGAAAGCUGCUAAGCGUCGAUGUAAAUGUCCUUACAUACCCUGUGUGUGUGUGUGUGUGUGCGUGUGUGUGUGUGUGUGUGUGUGUGUGUCCGAUUAGGGAUUCAGAGACAGACGAGGACAAAACAUCCUUGUCCGCAAGCACAUCUGUUUGACAAAUUACCCAGCAUUCCAAUCCGCCGCACACACACACUUUCACACAUGAAGAAUGGUGUGAGUCGACCCUCGGUGGGAUCCAGGUAUUAGAUGGAGUCUGAUCAGCAUCACAGGGGGACCACAGCACAUACUGCGUGUACAUGGACCUAGUUCUUUCAAACCCACCUCAGCAGCGUUAGUGCCAUGCUCAUGGACUGUAACAUGUAAUAGGAUGGGCAUUCAAUGUUAGUGCAUGAGCGUUAGCAACGUAGUGUAUUAGCCAACCGUUAUUGAAGAUUAUGAGAUCCGAUGACAAGUAUCACAAGAGAUAAAGUCUACAAAGAGUCCUCAGAAGGGGUUCAACAAACUCAGGCCUUUCAUUUUUCGUCCCUGUGUCAAACCCAAAGAAUGAUCUGCAUGAUAUUAGUGUCAAUAACUACCCUUCUAUCAGAGGGGCACCCGCUAACGAAGUCUCCCGCGAUGGAGUGUCUCAUGGGUGCCACCAGUGAUGAGGUGCCAUCGUGUCCCAGAGGCCCUCUGAACGAGGCCAGUAGCUGUGACGCGCGUUGAAAGGGACGCUUCCUGUCUGUACCAACCAGAAGCCAUUUAAUGACACAAUGACAAUCAGCUAGCCCACUUUAGUGUCUUAUAUGAAGUAAUAAUGAAAAAUGCAAUAACGUUAUAUAUGUUAAGAAAUGUCUCUUAAUUUGAUGUAUUUGUGAUAACUGGUUGAGAUGACUAUCACCUAUGUGCCAUAUUUUUCUUUUUACAAAUAGCAGUUAUUCUUUAUUGCAUGAUGACAUUUAUGAAGUGUGUUUUACUCCAGAAUGUACUACAGUGUGUGAUGUCCCGUCUCUACGUGUUCUGCCUGUGUAGCACAAUGUGUCGCCCCCUCUAACAGUAUUACUGUGCUAGGCAGCUCUGUAGCGGAGAAUUUGUAUUAUCAUUAUUAUUAUUAUUAAUAUUAAUAUUGUUAUUUCUAAGUUGUAUGUCCUUUGGAGUCAACAUGAAUUUGGUUACUUUUUUAAUACUGUAUGUCUCUUCAGUGUCUUGAUUUAAUGAUGCUUUAGAAAAAGUUGACUGAGGUUGUAAAAGUCUACGUUUUCUGCUCCUGAUUCAUUAUUUCUCAGAUGGAAGAAUUGUUCUGCAUUUUUGGGAAAAGUGCCUUCUUUCUUAAAGUGAAAUUGUCCAUUUGCUGAAAAAUCCAAUGUUAAUGCAGAGCGCAACGCUAGUGUCUGGAUGUGGUUAGCUUAGCUUAGCUUAGCCUACAUACUGGAAGCAUGCAAGCUUCCUUGACUCUGUCCAAAAGUCUAAAGUACCCGUACAAACACUUGUACACAAACACAAACUAAAGCUUACUAAUGAAUAACUUAAUAGUAUGUUCAUUUGGGGUUUUAGAGGUGAGGCUUUUGGGGCCUAUAUGUUGGUAAACAGCUUGCUAGCUAACUAACAUUAGCUCAGCUGGUUAGCUUGUCAUUCUCAUGUCUGCGGCUAACUCGCAUUAAGUCAACAAACCUCUUGAAGCAUCGCAAUAAUCUAUUUGAGGGUAACAUGUAUGAUAUCAUGGUUAUAAAGUGCUCUCUGAUGAUUCCAAUCAAGCUAAAACCACAUAUACCAGACAAAAACUGAUGAAUAAAUAAUAAUAAACUUAAAAGCAUUGCGUUACUAUCACAGGGUAGAUUCAUGGAAUAUCUUGUGUUUUUUCUUUGGACAGAGCUGAGCUCAUUGUCACUUCCAUUCUGUAAGCUCAGCUGGGUGUCCCCCUCCACAGAUAUCUAUGGCUUUAUGUCAUGCUCAAAUGAAAGAAAUCAGGGAAGUUACCCAAAAGUUCAACUCUUCAUGGGGCGUGUUUUUUUUAAAUCUGUGUCUUACUGCUGACGAGGCAGCCCACUGGAAGCUGAGGGACCCGUUAGCAGUCUUUAGCUUUUUAAUACCAAGUACGUAGGUGUGGAGUAGUGGAGUUAAACCGAACCAAUCAGCCUUCUUCAUCAUGUGAACCUUCGGGCCGGCGAGAAUCUAAACCCCCAUGUCGGAUUUUACCUUAUAUCGUGUUCGAUUCCUUUUACCGAAUUGUCAAGUAUUUUUGUAUUUGCUUCAUCACUGUGUGCCAUGAACUUUUUUUAAAAAAUGGAAGAAUGUCAGCAAAAUGCAUAUUUUAUGAAAUAUAAAAGCAAUGUCACAA